AAUAAUUAGGAAGGGAAUUUGCAAUUCCGCGAGAAGCAAACUGAAAACUGUAAUUUGCUUCGGUUGCUAUGGAGAAGAAAGAAGAAGUUCCUAUUCGAAAAACAAUGGAGAAAAACGAAUUGGAAGAUUCAGUGGUCAGCAAAGUUGCAGAAGUGAUAUCAGCUAUAAAGAGCGCGAAUCAAGUCGAUCAAGUCAUUUCUUCGCUUCACUCCAUCGCCACCCUUCUUUUCCCUCUCGACCCUAAACUUCUCUCAGGUAGCAUCGAUGAGAGUCACAGAAAACAGCUUUUUGCUGUAGAGGUUCCUUCUUCAAAGGAACGAGAUGAUUGGUGGCAUGUCUUUUAUCAUGGACCUGCUUUUUCUACUCUCGCUAGAUUCUUGUUACUUGAUGUUGCUUCCAACUGGUUGGCUUGUUUCCCCUUUUCGGCACAGAAAUAUGUUUAUGAUGUUUUCUUUGUUCACGGAUUUGUCACCGAAGUGUUGCAAAUAUUGGUUCCUUUUCUCCAGCAGAACAGGAGCGAUGAUCUUGAUGUUAAUGUUGUCAUCUCAAAUUCGGAAAGGUUGCUUGUACUGUGCUUGCUUGAAAAUAAUGGAGUUCUUCAGAUAGCGAGAGAGUUUGGUGGUCUUUCUACAUCAAAAGGUUUUAGUGAUGAACGGAUGAAGCCAGAUAUAUCGAGGAUGGCACAAAUUGUUGUAUCGAUUCCUGACAAAGCUAGAAUGAACUCCCCGACUUCAUUGUCAUCACAUGUAUUCUUCAGGCAGAUUAUUGUCCAAGUACUCUCGCUUGAAGAAGAUAGAGAGGUGAUUUUGCUAGAAAAGAUAGACAACUCAGAUGAAAUGGACAAAAAUGGUGCACUAUUAUUCAUAGGGGAAAUGUUUUCUCGCAUUUGUCGCCGUGGUUCAGCUGAUCUUUUAUCUAGUGAAUUAGUACCCCGAGUUCUAAGGCUCAUCAACACCUGCUUAUCAUCAAGUAAGAGUUCUAUUACUGAGGAAUUGCUUGAGUCAAAACCAGAAACAAUGUUUUGGUUGAGAAUGAUGGAAUCAAUCAGGGAUCCUUAUACCACAGAAAGAAUCUCUGAACAGAUUUUGCAUAAGCUAGCGAGUCAACAAGCAAAUGAUGUUCAAGCAUAUUGGGUUCUGUGGCUGCUUUUCCAUAGGAUUUUCAGGCUUCAGGCUUCUGUCAGGUCCAUGUUUGUUGACAAAUUCCUGCUCUGGAAGGUAUUCCCUGUUAGUUGCCUGAAAUGGAUCCUUCAAUUUGCUGUUUGUGAAUGCCCACCUAGCACCUCUUUACUAGGACAAAACCGCCCAGGUCUUUUGAAGACUGUCCAACGUCUACUGGCAACAUGGUCUAAGAAAGAAUUUGUGCAAACAGCUCCUAUUGAACAACAGGCUUAUAUAACUGCUGCUCUUGGCCUUUCUCUAGAGACAAUGUCUAAAGAGGAAUUGGAUGGGAUGAAGGAGGCCACACAUUUGAUUCUUCAAGGAGUUAGUGGUAGGUUGGAGAGUCCUAAUCAUUUAGUUCGAAAAAUGGCUAGCAACAUUGCUUUGGCAUUUUCUAUGAUUAUCGAUCCAAAAAAUCCUUUGUACCUUGAUGAUAGCUGCAAUGGGGAGACAAUAGAUUGGACAUUUGGAUUCACCGACCUCAAGAAAGGGACACUAACAGCCUCAAGUUCUAGAAAAAAAGGUGUCGAUGAAACAAAUAUAUCUACAAUUUCAGUUUCAGAGAGGGAGUAUGAUUCCCUUCCCAAUAAAGAGAAAGGCAUUAGUUUAAAGGGCAAAAAGAAAUUAUUGGACUUCAAUAUGCUUGAUCCAGAUGAGAUUGUUGAUCCAGCAUCACUGAAUCUUGAAUCAGAUAUUAAUGACGAGGAUGAUGGUGAUGAUAGUGCAAGUGAGAACUCAUAUUCCUCAAGUGAUUCAUCUUUACAGCCAUAUGAUUUGUCAGAUGAUGACUCAGAUUUGAAAAGAAAACUUUCACAGUUGUCAGAUGUAGUUGCGGCUCUUAGAAAAUCUGACGAUGCAGAUGGGGUGGAAAGAGCUCUUGAUGUGGUGGAAAAGCUAAUAAGAGCAUCCCCAGAUGAACUAAAACACGCUGCAAGGGAUCUAACCAGAACUCUUGUUCAGGUCCGUUGCUGUGAUAUAGCUUUAGAAGGCGAAGAAGAAUCAACAGAAGACAAAAGGCAAAGAGCGUUAAUUGCCUUGGCAGUCACAUGUCCAUUUGAGUCACUCGACACACUACACAAUCUUUUGUAUUCACCUAAUGUAGAUAUUAGUCAACGCAUAAUGAUACUAGAUGUCAUGACAGAAGCAGCUCAGGAGCUUGCUGAAUCAAAAAUUACGAAACUUAAACACAAGACCAGUUCUCUUGUAUCAGUUGUUUCAGAUACCCGACCUUGGUUCUUGCCUAGCAGCACGGGGACUCCUGGAGCAGGUUCCUGGAAAGAGAUUUCAGGUACUGGCACUUUUUUGAAUUGGUCAAACAGCUAUGAGAGGGAACUACCCUCGAAACCUUAUCAGGUCAAGAAAGGGAAAACACGACGUUGGAGCCUGAGAUCGCCUUCUUCCGAACAAAAUCUGAUGGAGUGUUCUCAUAACAAGUUUCCCAUGUACGCUGCUGCAUUCAUGCUUCCUGCCAUGGAGGGUUAUGAUAAAAAAAGACACGGUGUUGACCUUCUUGGUAGGGAUUUUAUUGUCUUGGGGAAACUCAUUUAUAUGCUUGGGGUUUGUAUGAAAUCUGCAGCCAUGCAUCCAGAAGCUUCUGUGCUGGCUCCUUCCCUUCUGGAUAUGUUAAGAUCCAGAGGGGUAUGCCGUCACCAGGAAGCAUAUGUGAGAAAAGCUGUCCUUUUUGCAGCUGCAUGCGUAUUGGUUGCCCUUCAUCCUGCCUACGUAUCAUCUGCCUUACUGGAAGGAAAUGUUGAACUUUCCAAUGGCCUUGAAUGGAUUCGCACAUGGGCCCUUGAUGUAGCUGAUUCAGACACAGAUAAAGAAUGCUAUACGAUGGCCAUGACAUGUUUACAACUACAUGCUGAGAUGGCUCUUCAAACUUCCAGAGCACUGGAAUCGGCAAGAAGUUCAUUCAGGGCAAGUCCUACUCUGCGUUCUGAUGCAUCCAAAAUGACCGUUAAAAUUCCCUACUUAAAUGGGAGUUAGUGAUAUUAUUCUGAAUGGCUUCAUUUGUUUAGCCAAGCAUAUGAACUCCAAAUUGUGUUGAACUUCUACUUGCUACUCGUCCUUUUUUAUUUAACUUUUGAUCCAGUCCUUUUUGUUCUUUAAUUUAAAAUUGUAUAUAUUUUAGGCAUCUAGAUUUAAUAAUUUAUAAAUACUGAGGCAAAAUUUUGCUUAAUUAAUUCUCGCUAAAUGAGAAUGCGGCAUUGGCAAUGCCUAGGAUUGAAGUGGUGUAGUUAAUUGUACCAUAAAAUCGGCUACAUAUGAUUCAUUUUGUUCGUCUUGGUAGUGCUUUCCUCUUCUUCUGUACUUCUACUCCCUUUAGUGAGUCAUUAACAGGUUGUUCUUUUUGGUUUUGUUUGUGAAUGUAUCUGUUCUGAUAAUUUUGUUUCUUUGUGUAGUAUUUCGUAUCUAUUUAUGUGAUUUGUGUUUAGUUAUUCCCCUCCAUUUUCUAGGUUUAGCUUGCUCCUUAUUUUCUGUAUAUCUUUGCUUCUUCUAGUAGUGAUUGUCUAGAUUUUGAUUAAUCCUCCUUAUCGUCGGUUUGAUCCUUUGGAUGUAUUGUUUUAGUAGUGGCUUACAUUGUUUUAGUACACCCCUUCUUGGCUCUUUCCAUUUGUUUUGACUUUGCUGUAUAAGUGGGUUCUAUUUAUUACUCAUGUUAGAGCCUUUUAAGUUAGGCAAUUUCUCAUUACACUUUUAUCUAGUGAAGUGCACAUCUGAAAAUCUCAAAAUAACUUCAGGUUUAUUUCGAAAUACAUCUCCGUACGCAAUAAAUACUAUUUUUUGUCUAAAUUUAAUUUGAAGAUACAUCUUCGAAUAAAUACAAGAUUAAUUCACAGAUACAUCUCCGAAUUGACUUUUUGUCUUUAGUAAAUCAAGCAGCCACCAGAUACAUGCACAUGAUAUUAGUCAUGUGAGU